AUGCCUACCGAGUUCAUCAGCCUCACCUUUCCUACCCCGUCUACGGAGAUCGACCCGAUCCCCAAUGCCGCCAUUGACCCGGCAUUCCUGGAGCGCUAUGCUCGCAAUCUAGAUGAUUACUCUUACAACUAUACCCUUGUCCCUUAUGAUUCCUCUUAUUUCGAUCCUUGGACUGUCGGCGCGACCAUCGCCUCACACACGAAAAACCUCAAAAUCAUCAUCGCGGUGCGGCCCAACACCCUUUAUCCGACUGUGGCCGCCAAAGCCCUAGCGACUCUGGAUCAGCUUAGCUCCGGCCGUGCCGUUGUCCAUUUUAUCGCCGGUGGCAGUGAUGCCGAACAGGCCAGGGAGGGCGACUUCCUCACCAAAGACCAGCGCUAUGGCCGACUGGAGGAUUAUAUCAAAAUCCUACGCCGGGCCUGGGAGUCUGCCGACCCAUUCGACUGGGAGAGCCCCUACUACACAUUUAAGGAUUUCAGCAACCGGGUUCGUCCGGUGAACGGCACCAUUCCUGUCUCAGUCGGUGGAUCAUCUGACGAAGCCUAUCGCAUUGGUGGCUCACUCGCGGACAUCUUCGGUCUUUGGGGAGAGCCCCUGAAGGAGACUAAGGAGCAAAUCGACCGCAUCUAUGCUGAAGCGGAGAAAGCAGACCGUACUGACCGGCCGCGCAUCUGGGUGACCUUCCGUCCUAUAGUGGCCGAGACGGACGAGCUGGCCUGGGCCAAGGCACACCGCACCCUUGAUGCCCUACAGAAAAACCGUGCCGCUGGUCUUGGUAAGGCGCCUGCUAAUGCACCUCCUCCUCAGAACGUCGGCUCGCAGCGUCUGCUCGAAAUCGCCUCGCGGGGUGAGGUGCACGACCGCGCGUUAUGGUACCCGACUGUGACGGCGACAAACGCACGUGGUGCGUCAACAGCUCUUGUUGGUUCAUGGGAAACUGUUUCAGAGUCUAUCUUGGAUUAUGUGGAGCUUGGUGCAGAGCUGAUCUCCAUCCGAGGAUACGAUAACCUCAACGACGCAAUUGACUAUGGGCGCUACAUCUUGCCGCGCGUACGAGAGGAACUGAAGAAGAGGGGGAAGCAAUGAGAUCCAUCACUACGAGGUCUGGUAAUAUAUGUUUCGCGGCGCCAAAGUAUCUUAGCGAGAUGUUGAUAUGAUUCUCCGCCAAGAGCAUGUACCUCGUUCCGAUAACCCUGACAUAGAUGUAUUUAUUUCAGGUGUCAGACCACUUUGAAGGGUGUUCUCAUUCGUGUCACACGUCCUCUUCAUCCAUGUACUCUGCAAGAACGUCCUAGAUGAAGGGCUUAAACAACCUGCCCUCGGUGGGGAUACCCUCUUCCUAGAUAAUUCCACAACCCAAACAAUAGUUGCUGCAAUAUCAUACUAGAAUUCACAA